AUGGACGAGUUGUUAUCCAAACACCGCAAGGAACAAAAAGACCUCCAAGCACGGAUCACGCAGAAGAAAAAAUCCGCCACGAAAAAGACCCGUCGAGGAGUAAACGAAGAAUGCGACCGACUACAACGAGAACUUUCUGAACGCCAUCAGGUUGAAAUCGCUGAGUUAAACGGCGGGUCGACGUCGAAUCCUGUCGAUGGUCUCCAGGAACUGAGUCUUAAUGCUUCGGGCGACGACGAGAAUACAGACGUAGGCAGAAGAACAUCGGAUACCUCUCCAAAUGAACAGUCAACUACGGAUAGCCCGUCGGACAACCCGGCCUCUCCGCAGUCAGCAGCAGCGUUGGACGCUCCGCGUCAGAGGAAGCCGAAUCGUCAGAAGGCGCGACUGGCGCGCCGCGCUGCUGAACAGGCCGCUCAGGCUGAAAUAGCCGCAGAGGAGGCUGCCAAACAAACAGAUCGUCGUGGGAAUGAGAAGGAGGUCAUGGAUGCAGUUUUUAAGCGGUUAGGGUUGAAAGAGGUCGAAAUUAACCCAGAUGGACAUUGUCUCUACUCGGCGAUUGCCAGCCAGCUGGAGGAGUCUGGACUCGGGUUGAGACCCGACCCGAAACGAAUUGUCUUGCAACCUCCUACUCAGGCCCGCGUGGAUACGGUGACUUCGUCGAAACAUGAUGGGUACAGGGCGGUCAGGGCGGUGGCGGCCGACUAUAUCACGGAACAUAAAGAUGACUUUGAGCCAUUCAUGGAAGAACCGUUAGACCAAUACACGCGAAAAAUCAAGCUUACGGCGGAAUGGGGAGGGCAGCUGGAGCUACAAGCUAUCGCAAGGGCAUACGGGGUCGAAAUCAACGUCAUACAAGGAGAUGGACGGAUUGAAAAAAUAGAACUAGGCGACGAUAUCUCAGAUGGAGAAAACAAGCGCAUUAUAUGGCUGGCGUAUUAUAGGCAUACAUACGGGCUUGGAGAGCAUUACAACGCACUUGUAAAACAGCUCUAA